CUCGACCAAACAACGUGAAUAAUAUGUCCUUGGAUAGCCUUUGAAGUCUAUUAUCUCAAUUGAGUGGUCUUUGUUCGAGGAGAGAAGGCUUAUCUUACAAAAAUCGAGCUGGAACGAGCAGAGGUCUGUGAACUCGAGCUGUGAGAGUGCUGAGACUGUUUGGUCGAUAUCUCGAGUUUUACAAAUCCAAUUAAGGCGUGUGAGAUACCCACAGAAAGCUCUCAAGACGAGGAAUCCGUGAAGGUCUGGUUUGCAGGAAUCGGAGUUGUUGAAGGCUUCCAAAUCGUCCGAGCAAAACACAACCUCGCAGGAGAGGAUUUAAUCUUCUAAAAGAAUCGAGUUAGCCGGAAAACACCCGUUCUAGGGGCUGUUUUCGUAUCAACGAUUAAGGGUUGAACUAGCACUUUGAGGAGGCUGUUUAACACUCAUAUUUGAGCAAGGAGUCAGUCCCAAAUCCACCUUGACCAAAGAUUUGACCAUUGGACCAAGAAGGGAAAGUUUAAAGCUCAAUUGAGGUUGAGGCUAGAGCUUGCUUCCUGUGCUCGUUGCUCGAGAGAUCAUAUAGGAGGGAAGACUUGAAUGGACCGUGGUGGCAGGAUUACUAGGAGAAACCCGACGGGCCGUGUACCAGUGGAGACUGGACAGGGCAGUCGAAGGACCUCUAGGGCAUCUAGAGGAGCUGGCCGUGGAGGCCGAUCACAGACCGUGAGUGACGGUCAUGUCGACACGGAAAGUGAGACCUACUGGUCCUAUGAGGACUCGACCUAUCGACCGGAAACUGAACCGGUUGAGACCCCUUAUGAAGGGGAUGAUGAUGAUGUAAGUGAUGAGGAGGAAAAUGGCUCCUUAGCACGGAUUGAAGCACUACUUCAACAGUACCACCGUGAGCGUGAGGAGAGGAGGGAACGCCGAAGGCGUCGGGCUGGGCAACCUUCGGGCGGGGCUUCAAGAGGGAGAAGCCAUGGCGACUCUAGGGCCCACAUUGAACCACAUGGGGGUCGGGGUGAUGGAGGUCCAAUCAUAAGGAUCUCCAAAUACAUCAAAGAGGCACGAGACUUGGGGUGCAAACCGUUCGAUGGGACGGGUGACAUCUCCGUUUCGGCACAAUGGAUUAAGCGGCUGAAUGAGGCAGCCCUGGACAUGCAACUCACCCCCGAAUAUAAACUAAGGGUUGCGGUGAGAUUGCUUGAAGGUAUGGCAUCCAAGUGGUGGGAUGGGACCAAAGGCAAAUAUGGCGAGACCAUCACUUGGGAGAAUUUCCGACAGGAAUUCUUUGCCCAAUAUUACUCGGAUUUUGAGGUGAACAAGAAAGUGAGGGAAUACACCCUUCUAACCCAAGGGGGUAACAUGACGGUGAGGGAACUUGAGUACAAGUUCAGGGAUCUUGCCGAUUACAUACCUGAGUAUGCUUGUGACGAGAACCGGAUGGUGAACCACUUCUGGGAUGCUCUAGACUUGGAGAUACGUGACAGGGCAACACAAUUGCCUAACAUGACGUUUGCCCAAGUGGUUGACCAAGGGUUGAAAGGAGAGAAGCAAUGGGAAGAAAGGAAGAAGAGAGACGCCGAGGAGGCGAAAAAGAGAAAGUGGGAGAGUCAUGGCUCCCAAGGUUCCAACAAAAAGGGGAACCACGGAGGAGGAUCUUUCCGGGCACCACCGCCACCAUAUAGGGGGAACCAAGGCCCGAGGGGGCAAGGCGCGAGGUCACAAACCUCAGUGGUAGCUCGUUGCAACAAUUGCAAGAAGAACCACUCCGGUAAAUGUCGCGACCCCCCUAGAUGUUUUCAAUGCGGGGAUGCCGGGCAUUUGAAGGCACAUUGCCCACAAUUGAGUGGGGCAAGGACAUCGGGACCGAGUAGCGGUCCGACGGGUACACGGAAUCAAACCGGAGCUUCUCAAGCGAGCCGGGGACAUGGGGGAGCGAGUACGAGCAACGCGCCAUCCGUGAAUCAAGGAAGAACUCAAGCUAGAGUUUAUGCGAUGACGGAGGCGGAUGCUCGAGCUAACCCGGACUCGGUUGCAGGUAUUGCCUCUUGCACAAUUGUAUUUUGUCCAUAUUUAAUCCAUAAAUUGAUGACAUAAGUCAUAGGGAUUGAGUGCGAGCCAUUUCGGGGUCAAACGGCGAAAUUCGGGCCAAAACUGACCAAAAACAGGGACGCACGAUCGUGCGUCCAACCCCACGCACGAUCGUGCGUAGGGGACAGUGGUUCCAGGUGAAUUUCGCGCAGGACGCACGACCGUGCGUGCCGGUACGCACGCCGUGCGUGGACGCACGAUCGUGCGUGGCCGGGUACGCACGAUCGUGCGUAACCGGCAGUGGUCGGAUUCGACGUUUCUUCACGCACGCACGACCGUGCGUGUCCCACGCACGACCGUGCGUGGACCCCAGCCGCCCGAAACACGAGUUUUUCAUCCCGUUCUACUAUGAUUGGACCCCCGUUUGAUUCCGAACAUUUAUAUGAACCUAUUAACCUCCUAAAAAGUGUCCUAAACCAUUAGAAAAGGUAUCUUACAUGGUGUAUAAAUGUAGGAACAUUAAAGAUUAAUGGGAAGGAUGCACGAAUCCUUAUCGAUACCGGGGCGCAACGUUCGUUCGUGAGGGAGGCGUUCGCCGAGGACUUAGGGGUACAAUCGACACCAAUGACGCACACAUUAGUGGUAUCAACACCACUAGGAGAUGAUGUCGAAAGAACUAGUUAUUAUCCAUCUUGUGAGGUGGAAAUUGAUGGCCAAACCUUGACGUGUGAUUUCGUACCGCUGAGUAUGAUGGAGUUCGAUGCAAUCCUAGGGAUGGAUUGGCUAGAAAAGCAUCAUGCUAGGGUAGAUUGCUACACAAAGGUUUUGGAACUCGAAGGCAAUAAUGGGGACACCCUACGCUUCGAGGGGGAUCGAGGCAAAUCAAACAGUUGUAUUAUUUCCGCCGUGAGAGCGAGAAGUAUGAUGAGAAAGGGAUGUCACGCAUAUCUAGCAUACGUGGUUGACAAAACCAAGGAGGAAACGAACAUUGACGACGUGAGGGUGGUUUGUAAGUACCCGGAUGUCUUCCCUAAAGACCUACCGGGGCUUCCACCUGAUAGGGAGAUUGAAUUUGUGAUCGAGGUCGAGCCUGGUACCAAACCAAUCUCCAUACCGCCAUACCGUAUGGCACCCGCUGAACUUAACGAGUUGAAAACCCAAUUGCAGGAGCUUUUGGAUAAUGGUUUCAUUAGACCCAGCCACUCCCCGUGGGGAGCACCAGUCCUUUUUGUGAAAAAGAAAGAUGGGACACUCCGAAUGUGCAUUGACUAUCGUCAACUGAACAAGGUCACAAUCAAGAAUAGGUAUCCUUUGCCUAGGAUUGAUGACUUAUUUGACCAACUACGAGGAGCAACCGUGUUUUCAAAGAUUGACUUGAGGUCGGGGUACCACCAACUGAAGAUUAAGGAAGAUGACAUACCAAAGAGUGCUUUCCGCACAAGGUAUGGGCAUUUUGAGUUCCUUGUUAUGUCGUUUGGGUUAACAAACGCCCCGGCGGCAUUCAUGGACUUGAUGAACCGAGUAUUUCAUAAAUACUUGGAUCGAUUCGUGAUUGUGUUCAUAGAUGACAUCUUGAUUUACUCAAAGAGUGAAGAAGAGCAUGAGGAGCACUUGAUACUUGUUCUUGAAACACUACAGGAGAAGCAACUCUAUGCCAAAUUUUCUAAAUGUGAAUUUUGGCUAAAGGAGAUUGGCUUCCUCGGGCACGUGGUUUCGGGAUCGGGGAUUGCUGUUGAUAACAAGAAGAUAGAAGCCAUUACUGAAUGGGAGAGGCCAAAGAACGUCAAGGAAAUUCGUAGCUUCCUUGGAUUGGCAGGCUACUAUAGAAAGUUCGUGGAAAAGUUCUCUGUUUUGGCAUCGCCAUUGACGAAGCUCACUCGUAAAGGAGCUAAGUUUGUAUGGGAUGACAAAUGUGAGAAAGGGUUCAUGGAACUAAAGAAGAGAUUGACUGAGGCACCGGUACUUGCAUUACCCAAACAAGGUGUGGGGUACGAUGUCUAUAGCGAUGCGAGCAUCCAAGGGCUCGGAUGUGUAC